CAAUUUUCAAAAUAAAAUAAAUGCUCAAUACUGCACAAUACUGAGACUGUUUUCAUCUCGGAAACGACCACAGUGGUCUUUAAAGGAGCCCCAUCAUGAAAAAUCAACUUUUAUGAGCUUUUAACACUGUUAGUGUGUGAUUACCUUUUAAAAACUUCACCUAAAUCAUAAUUUCUCUUCAUUCAUGCAUAUCUGAGUAAACUUUAUAAAUGUUCAGUCCAAGCUCUAGGUCACAUGGUUCUCACCGGACAAAUACUGGAAUAUUAAUCAAUAAAUGCAGAUGGACAAAUUGAUUGAUUUACAACAGAAGAGGAGCAAAAGUGUUCCUGCAGAUCACGGAUAUACACUUGAUGUUAAAAUGGAACUCUUGGUCAUAAUUUGGGGCACUGAUUAAUGACCGGCGUGGCCGUUUCAGUUGGAGGACUUGUGAUAUUAGUUGGAAAUGUGAUGCAUGCAGAUGUGCUUGCCUUGACAGUUCUCAGUAAACCGUGGAGAGACGAACCGUGGGGAGAGAAAGAGGCAGACUUUGAUUAUGUGAGGGACUAUAAACCUCAAUCUGAAGCCCAGCAUCUCCGGAUUCUGCUGUUCGGCCCACCAAGGUCUGGGAAGUCCAGCUUCAUCAACUCUGUCGACAGCGCUCUGCGGGGAAGAAUUGCAAAUCGAGCUUUGGCAGCCGCCAACUACGAAUACAGCUUCACUAAAGAAUACAGAACUUAUAAAAUCCACACAGAAAGUCCUGGAACAUUUUAUAACCUUGUCUUCAGUGACACCAUGGCUAUUGAGAAGGGCUCUGGGAGAGGAACUGAUCCAAAAACCAUGAAACUGAUCAUGGAAGGACACGUCAAUGAAGGAUGCACGCUCCUUCCCGGCAGCACUCCAGCCGGAUCCGACUACAAUCAAACUCCGACCAUAAACGACAAAGUUCAUGUCCUGGUUUGUGUUGUUGAAGCCGACACCAUACACCUGAUGGAGGACGAGGUGGCUCACAAGAUAAAGGAGGUCAGAGAAGAAGCCCGGGCCUUGAGGAUCCCUCAAGUAGCUGUCCUCACCAAAAUUGAUGAAGCCUGUCCGAAGGUCAAAAGAAAUAUCAAGAAUGUCUACAAGAGCAAGAUCCUGGAAAAGCAGAUGGAAAAUCUGAGUGUGAAUCUGGGGUUUCCAGUGAACUGCAUCUUCCCGGUAAAGAACUACAGCAAGGAAACCAAAACAGACAAGGAGACUGACACCCUGAUACUGAACGCAAUGAGAAAGAUCAUCGACUACGGAGAAGACUUCCUGAACGACAUCGCGCCCACGAUGAGCACCAAGCAACCUGUGCCUUUUGUCAUUUGAAUUUUUCACCGAGCAUUAAGAUACAGAUCAGACAAGUGGCUUCUGUUCGGAAUGCAGCAGCUCCUUCUCGCACACAGCCUGACGGGAACGAAUGACGUUUGGCUCCGCCCCCCAUGACUCAGCAACGGGGGCAAAAAAAACAUCCAAAAUAAACUGUUAUUGCUAAUGCUAAUAAACUAACGCUGUGCAUGCUUCGUGUACAUAU